AUGCGAGAAAUUGUUCAUCUUCAGGCUGGCCAGUGCGGUAACCAAAUCGGAGCUAAGGUUAGAACAUAUCUAAAAUCAUAAAUAUAAGAUUUUCGUUCGUUUGCGCUCAAGUUUACUCUCGCUUUUCAGUUCUGGGAGGUAAUCUCGGAUGAGCACGGCAUUGAUCCAACUGGCACUUACCACGGUGAUUCCGACCUCCAGUUGGAAAGGAUCAACGUUUAUUAUAAUGAAGCUACAGGUAACUGUCAAAUUGUGAUGUUCGAUCAUCUAGAUCCUCUUUUCAAACCAUUUUGUGGCCGCUUUGGCUCUAUAUUUUAACGUUCGGCCUUGCUAACCAUUGUUGUCGACUCAUCAAAUAUUUUAGGUGGAAAGUAUGUUCCCAGAGCCUGUCUUGUCGAUUUGGAACCUGGUACGAUGGAUUCCGUCCGUUCAGGUCCCUUUGGACAAAUCUUCAGGCCAGACAACUUCGUCUUCGGUAAGUUCAAGUUUCGAUUUCACAGUUAAAAAUAAUUAAUCGUAAGACUCGUUCGACAGCUACACCCUAAUAUCUGUAUAACGAAUUGACACAUCGCCACGUUUCAUCGUAGGUCAAAGCGGAGCUGGAAAUAACUGGGCUAAAGGACACUACACCGAAGGAGCCGAAUUGGUAGACUCUGUACUCGAUGUGGUUCGCAAAGAAGCAGAAGGCUGUGACUGUCUGCAAGGUUUUCAACUCACACACUCGCUUGGCGGCGGAACCGGCUCGGGUAUGGGAACUCUUCUUAUUUCGAAGAUCAGAGAAGAAUAUCCAGACAGAAUCAUGAACACAUUCAGCGUCGUGCCAUCACCGAAAGUAUCAGACACCGUUGUGGAGCCUUACAACGCCACACUGUCCGUCCAUCAGUUGGUUGAGAACACCGAUGAAACAUACUGCAUCGACAAUGAAGCACUCUACGAUAUCUGCUUCAGAACUCUGAAGCUUACCACACCAACCUAUGGUGACUUGAACCACCUUGUAUCAGCUACCAUGAGCGGUGUAACAACUUGCCUUCGAUUCCCUGGCCAGGUAAAUGUCGAUUUAUUCUCCAAAAUCGAUCACUGACGAAAUUUUAACGAAGAAAGCAGUAUUCUUAACGGUUAAGAAAUGGGCGCGCAGCCAGUGGUUAUCGAUUAUCAGUCGAAACUAUAAAUCGCGCGCACACUAUCAGAAAAUGUUUCUAGUUUUAGGAAAGCUAGAUUUAUUGGGAAAAACGCGCUUAUUUAGCGAUAUUUAACGUUUGGGACUGAUAUCAUCGGGCUCAAGAAAGACUCUUCAAGGAACAGCUACGCAUUAAUUUUGUCAUUCGUGGAAGGGUCGUAAACGGCAGUGAUUGUCAUGCGUUCCAAAUUGCCAUUACCUUUGUCCCCUCGUUUUUUCGAGAAAAAAAAAUCAAUUAAGAUUAAAGUGCAGUUACAAGCUGAGCGUAAGCAAAACGUGUGCAGUCUCUGCUUUAAACCACGCCGUGGAAAGACAACUUUGAUUACUGCUUUGACUACUCAAACAAACUAUGAUUAUGAUAAGCGGCUUAGUUUGGCGACUUGUCUCCGACAAGCAGCUGCUCUUCUUGUCUGAAAACCUCUUUUAAUACUUUCAUCCUCAAAAACUUUUUAGUAAAAUUUCUUAUUCUAGGGGAUGAUAACAACAGAUUCUGUCCAUUUUCUUUCAACGUCAGCAAUAAGGUUAUGAAAAAUUAUGGUAGAAUAAUUUAUUGGUUUGUUGAAUUGGGAAAGAAAGGGCCUAUUCAGGAACGCGUCCUUUAAGAAUACAAGACUAGAUUGCUCUAAAUUAUUGAUUACGGCAACGAAAGGAUACCAUCUUCAAGCCUUUCAUGACAAUAAGUUUAGGAAGAUGCUUAACAGUGAGGAGGCAAAAAAUAAAAUCGAAAGUUUAAAUCGCCUGGAAAAAAUUUAUUGUGACACGAACCAAGCCAUGUUACGAAAAGCAGAAAUCGUUUUGUAGAUUCGCAUGUAAGGUCUAAAAUAUCUCUGAAGAUUAUUGAAACCUCCCUUUUUCAAAGCGAUUUAUGUUCUGUUUGUAAUUUCUGGCGAGCUUAUUUCUUCCAAAAAAAAGUGCUGAUUUUGCCGUUUGCUCUCAAAGAUCUGUACAGCAUAACAACAAGCCGCUAUACUGUAAACUAAAGCGUCGCCAAGCGAACCGAAAAUCAGUCGAGCAAAUCUUUCCAUGUCAACAAACACAAACAAAAUUCUUACGAGUGAUAAUUAAAACCAUAUUCAUACAGAAUCUGGUUAAACGUUUUGUUCUUGUGGGGUUCUUUUUUUUUUUUUACAUUCUGGUCAUGUUGCGUGAGCAAUGCCUUAAGCAAGUUGUAGCGCUGUGGACGGAACACAGCAAGAGGUGACAGUUGUUUCGAUUUUAUCAAGCAGUUUGCGAUCGGUGUUUAAAAAAUCCUUGAAUAAAUGCCACACGCAGUCUGCAUAAGAUCAGCAAGAGCUGUAAUAGGAUUAAACUGUUCACUCUUUCAAUUAUGAACUGAUUGAAUAGUACAACGCCUGUGUUUUUCCACCUCUUUGCAUUAACGAGAAAAAUAAACAUACCACGAACACACAAUCCCAGCAAGUGCUCUAGCAAUAAAUUACAAUCUUACUUUUUAUUGUGAGUUUUUCCCUCACCUUUUUCCUUUUUGAAAGUUUUAUUUAAAAGUUACCUAUCUUAAAUUGUUCGCUUCAGAAAGAGAUAGGAACUGAAGCAACGUAGGUUUCAAAGCUAAUUUUACUCCUAUUAUAUUUCACAGUUGAAUGCUGAUCUCAGGAAGUUGGCAGUGAACAUGGUUCCUUUCCCGCGUCUUCACUUCUUCAUGCCUGGAUUUGCUCCUCUCACCAGCAGAGGAUCCCAGCAGUACCGUGCACUCACAGUACCAGAGCUUACCCAGCAGAUGUUUGACGCCAAGAACAUGAUGGCUGCUUGUGACCCAAGGCAUGGACGUUACCUAACUGUGGCAACAAUGUUCCGUGGCCGUAUGUCCAUGAAGGAAGUUGAUGAGCAGAUGUUGAACGUUCAGAACAAGAACAGCUCCUACUUUGUGGAAUGGAUCCCCAACAACGUAAAGACCGCUGUCUGUGAUAUCCCUCCCCGUGGACUGAAAAUGUCCUCUACCUUCAUCGGCAACAGCACAGCCAUCCAGGAACUGUUCAAGCGAAUUAGCGAACAGUUUACCGCUAUGUUCAGGCGUAAAGCUUUCCUGCAUUGGUACACUGGAGAGGGUAUGGAUGAGAUGGAGUUCACUGAGGUAAAGAUCUUGUUUUUCAAGCUGAUCGAGAAUGAAUUGAGCGACUGUUGUGCGUGGAUCUUCAACAUAUUACAACCAAUGUUCCCUUCAAUUAAUGAGGCGUAAUUCUUUUACAGGCUGAAUCCAACAUGAACGAUCUUGUUUCUGAGUACCAACAGUACCAGGAUGCCACAGCAGAAGACGAAGGAGAGUUUGACGAGGAGGAAGAGGCUGGAGAUGAAGAUGCUGCAUAAACUGUGUGAAGACAUAAAGUAACAAUUCGCAGGAAACACAUGAACUUUUUCUUAUCUAGAAAGUAAACAGGAAGUUCUAACUGCUUACCUUGUUUCAGUAGAACCACUGGUUUUGUUCUAUCAAAUAACUAAACUUGAAAACCUCUUUUCAGCUUUUUUUUUUUUUUUUUCAUAAAAUGUAGAUAGAACCUUGAAACACUCUGAAAAUUUGAUUCCGUAGUAACCGAAUUUAAACUGGUCUUUCCGUAUUUUAAAUUGUGAACGGUUUUUGGUCAAUAAAGACAACAAAUUCCUGCAACAUAAUUAUCUUCGUCCUUUCUCUAAAUUUUCUGAAUAUUUGCGUUUGCGACCUGCGUCAUACGAGAUAGAGGAAGAAAGGUAUCAUGUAGGGCACGGUAACACUUUGAAGCGCAAAAUAAAUUGCUCCACUACGACAUUCACGCCGCUCAAUGGGUGGAGUGCCCCAUAAGUUCUUGUGAAGGAUUCCUGUGGCCCAUUCCAAAAGUGCAUUGCCACCCUGAUAAAAAUCCUAGGGGUAAUAGGGUAGAAAGGGAGCAAAACUCGUUGCAAGAGGCUACUCUAGGUUUAUCCUGUGUAAUAUUCCUUUUCAAAAUACAAGAAUAUCUUAAAAACAUCUUCAUGCCCUGAAACAGCCUUAUCGCGUGCUAGGGGCGCCAAACCAGUCAAUAUUCUCUUUGUAUUUCUGUGUCCCAGUUUACUUUUUGUGGUCAAUUCGACUUUUUAUACGGUCAACUUUUUACUUCAUAGAUGGUCAACUCAAAUUUUAUAUGGUCAACUUUUUCCUUUUUAUAUCGGUCAGUGUUAAAUUUAGACUGCAGACCGCAGACUGAGGGUAAAAUGCAGAGUCUGUUCUAAAACAAUCAACCUUUUAUGACCGCGGUAUCGACCUGAUCGUGAAGCGCAAGAGCGAAGCGUUGAAUGUCUUGAAGCUUCUGAUACAAAGCACCAUUCCAAAAUCACGCCUACCUUCGCAGCACAAAACAAAGGUACGAGAAACAGGUUUUUAUCGUCCAAGUAAUCGAAAUUGCCCAUGUGCAAUGAAAGUCUAUCGCUACUACUUUUAAGGCCGCACAAAGUAUACAUGAGCUACAUGUAUGUUAAAGUAACCUAAUGUUACUCAGCAGAACUGUUUAUUCCUUAUAUGAUGAAAAGAGGAAAUGUGUUUAGCUAACUGUGAACUGCAUAUUCCAACACUUGCGUUUCUAAUUGUUCUUACCUCAAGAACAAUAUGUCAACGCCAAAACCAGGACGUGAAGUUCGAAACAUCAAUCCCCAGCCUCUUACAACUUACGCGGCCUCGAUCCCAGCUCACUCUUAAAGUUUUUCCGGGGAAGCGGGUCGUUUUUGAACCGAGUCAGCAUUUUACCCCCGGUCUACAGUCUGCAGUCUGAAAUCUGCAGUCUACCCUUGACACUGACCGAUAUAAAAAGUAAAAAAGUUGACCGUAUAAAAAGUAAAAAGUUGACCAUAUAAAAAAAAAGUUGACCUUAUAAAAAGUCGAACUCACCAUAUAGAAAGUAAACUGAGUCACAGAAACACAGAGGGAAUAUUGACUGAUUUGGCGCCCCAUAUGCCAUGGCUUGUAAUAAAGCAAACCCGGUGUAGAAACGAUUUGAGAGUUUACUAUCCUCGCAAUACAGCGCAAUUAAAGUUAUUACAGUCAUGGUCAUACGCUGUAAGUAGCUGGGAAUAUACUUAAAUCGAGAACUGUAGGAAUUUGUAAAGAAGGAAAAAUGGCUUAACAUGAAGAGAACGUUUGAUCGGGCGAAAAAAUUUGAGCAGGAAAACCCCUCCAAGUUCACUUUAAUUUUUAGCGCCGUGUUUAACGCGGCUCGCGCUGUUUUCGCGCGCUUUUCGUUUAUUCGCCAGCCAUUACAAAUCUCCAUGGUAAUGUAAUACGUCAGAAACCACUGACGCGUUUUACAACAUCAAAAGACAACCAGUUUUUCUUUGAAGUGUGUGUCGUGAAGGCGAGAGAAACCAAAAAUGCGUGAAAUUGUACAUCUUCAAGCUGGCCAAUGUGGCAACCAAAUUGGUGCAAAGGUUAGGAGAGGUAAAUUCAUGGUCAUGUUUAUUUAAGACGCUCACUCGUCACUUUUUUGCGCCUUUCUUUCAAUUCAGUUCUGGGAGGUCAUCUCGGACGAGCACGGCAUCGAUCCAACAGGAACCUACCAUGGAGAUUCUGACCUCCAGUUGGAAAGGAUCAACGUUUAUUACAACGAAGCUACAGGUAUUGUUUCCAAUUUUUACUUAGAAUCAGGUAAAAAACAGAAAACUGUCGCUUUUCAUUCACUAAGAACCUUGAAGAUUGAUCAUUUGAACACAGAGUCUGGUACUACUUGCUUGUUUUCAAAACUCCAGGAGGGAAAUAUGUGCCCAGAGCGGUUCUUGUCGAUUUGGAGCCUGGUACAAUGGAUUCAGUCCGUUCUGGUCCAUUCGGACAGAUUUUCCGACCCGACAAUUUUGUUUUCGGUGAGUAAAAUGUGGUCUCUAAGGAAAUAACUUCAUUCAAUCUCAUGUAAAAUUUAUGGCGACCUGUUAAGCCCGCUGAGUCGCCAAACAGGUAUUUAGUUUAUAAAUAAAAUUCCUUCCAAUUCUGACCCACCAACUGCGAUUAUGACAUUGUAUUUAUCUAGCUUUUAAAUCUGCAAGAACAAAAGGUGAAGCCUUUAAAAUUUUGAUGCUAGAUUCUCAGCAUUUUACUUACACACUUAAAGUUUUAAUGUUGAGACUAAAACUUGGGCGCCAUUUUGCAAAACAUUUUGCCAAGAGAUUGAAGCAGGCUUUAUCUAAAUCUGCGCACGGGGGAAAGAAUAAUAAUAUCAAAGAAUGCUGUAAUAGAAAUAUUUGCAAAGGGUAAACAAUACGAAAACUUCUCUUCUCACGCCCUAACCUGUUUAGGGUACAAAGUCUCUAGCCAUAUGAGUGACUGAGGCAAGUUUUUAAGACGAAAAAUAAAGCUUUUUUUUCCUGUUAUUACGUCGCUAUUUUAGGAAACGUACCGUUCUUGGAUGCAUAUGUCAGCAUCUAAAGUUCAGUCAACUGAGUAACAUUAGCAGCAAAGUAAUAACCAAACUUUUAUUACUAACGAUGAAUUAAGAAUAAUGCUGUAUUUUUUUUUCUGUUCUUAACAGGUCAAAGCGGAGCUGGAAACAACUGGGCAAAGGGCCAUUAUACCGAAGGAGCUGAGUUGGUAGACUCUGUACUCGAUGUUGUUCGUAAGGAAGCCGAGAGUUGUGACUGCCUUCAAGGCUUUCAGCUCACACACUCACUGGGCGGUGGCACCGGCUCAGGCAUGGGAACCCUUCUUAUUUCGAAGAUCAGAGAAGAAUAUCCUGACAGAAUCAUGAACACAUUCAGCGUCGUACCAUCACCAAAAGUAUCAGACACCGUUGUGGAGCCUUACAAUGCUACGUUGUCAGUUCACCAAUUGGUAGAGAAUACGGAUGAAACCUACUGCAUCGACAAUGAGGCCCUGUACGAUAUCUGCUUCAGAACUCUGAAGCUCACCACACCAACGUACGGAGAUUUGAACCAUCUUGUGUCAGCUACGAUGAGCGGCGUCACAACCUGCUUGCGAUUUCCUGGCCAGGUAAAAUUCUCCAUCUAUAAAAUCAGAACCAGCUUAAGACCUUCAGUUUUCAACGAAUUUUUCUCUUACAUUUUCCAGCUGAAUGCCGAUCUUAGGAAAUUAGCAGUGAACAUGGUUCCUUUCCCGCGUCUUCACUUCUUCAUGCCUGGAUUUGCUCCUCUCACCAGCAGAGGAUCCCAGCAGUACCGUGCACUCACAGUACCAGAGCUUACCCAGCAGAUGUUUGAUGCUAAAAACAUGAUGGCUGCCUGUGAUCCAAGGCAUGGACGUUAUUUGACGGUUGCAGCGAUGUUCCGUGGCCGUAUGUCCAUGAAGGAAGUUGAUGAGCAGAUGUUGAACGUGCAGAACAAGAACAGCUCCUACUUCGUGGAAUGGAUUCCCAACAAUGUCAAAACAGCCGUCUGCGACAUUCCUCCUCGCGGUCUGAAAAUGUCUGCUACCUUUGUCGGUAACAGCACAGCCAUUCAAGAAUUAUUCAAACGCAUUAGUGAGCAGUUUACCGCUAUGUUCAGGCGUAAAGCUUUCUUGCAUUGGUACACUGGAGAGGGUAUGGAUGAGAUGGAGUUCACUGAGGUGAUAUGACAAUAUUUCGCUAUAUAAGGGGAUAUUCAAUGGUUUUUUGUAGUAUUCAUUUCCUGGAUAGUUUAGAUUUUCAAACCCGUUUGCAACCUUCUAGUUUUGGGCCUAUUCGAUAUAGUGAGCUUAAGUAAAUAAUGUGCAUUUUUGCCCUGAAUUGGGUGAAAAAUAUCAUAUCAAGAGAGAAGAAGGACUUAACGGAAAAAAAAGUUUGAGCUCCGUUUUGAGACCAAAAUUCUCGAAGCAGUUGCCACUCGUUUUGAAUUAGUUCAAUGUGCGUGUAGUAUAAUCAUCUGAGAAUGCGUCAUCAUCCUUAUUUCAUUCAUGUACUUGUCAAAGUUUCCUUCUAUCCAGGAGUCAAAUAUCAUAGCUUAACAACUUGAUGCAUGCUCUGAGAUUAAAAUGCAUGUUCUGAGAAUUGGAUUUGAUUGCCACAAACAUUUCAACUCUCUUUAGGCUGAAUCGAACAUGAAUGAUCUUGUGUCGGAGUAUCAGCAGUACCAGGAUGCCACAGCAGAAGAGGAAGGGGAGUUUGAUGAGGAAGAAGAAGAGGGAGAGGCAGCAUAAGAACUCCUCUUAUUUCUUGAGAUCGUUUUCACUGUAAAGAAUAUUGCUUAAAGGGC